AUGUUCAAAAUACCGGUGUCGGGUAUUCUAUUGGGCGCGAGCAAAGUGUCCACGAAGAUGUUCGUUCCCAGCAUCGGUUUACAUGUAUCGGCGCCGAUGAAACUAAAGGAGAUCCACGCUAAUAAGGUUGGCGGCAAGUUGAUUAUUGAAGGAACUUAUGUGCCGUCUCCUAGAAAAGACUACCUCAUUCAGAACAACAGCGAAUGCUGUUCGUUGUGCAGUCUCGGCUUGGACGUCAAACACACGGAUGUAUUGAUUCUUAGUCAAUUUGUACGAAGUGACGGUUGCAUGAUGCCACGACGAGUUACUGGCCUUUGUAAAACCCAGCAGAAAAGGAUGUCUAAAUUGGUGUCUAUGGCGCAUAAAGCAGGUUUAAUGUGUGAUUUGGCUCCAGAAAAUAGCAAAAAGGAUACCACUAAAAGAAAGUUAUGGAAAAAAUACAAUACAUACUAUGAUGAAUCCACUAUUAAAGUUUAUGAGAGUCAUUUCAAAACAAUUAAGGAUAACAUUAUACUUGAUUACAUGAAAUCAAGAAAUCCAGGAAAUUAA